AUGGACACUGACAUCCUCAUCAUCGGCGCCGGCAUCUUCGGCCUCAGUAGGGCUUACCACCUCGCGCAACGCUUCUCAAACGCAUCCAAAGGCACAAACACAAAUAAGGAUGCCUGCAAAGUGACCAUCCUCGACCGCGCACCCUCCCCCCCUCUCCCCCCCGCCGCCUCGACAGACAUCAACAAGAUCGUGCGCGCCGACUACUCGUCUCCUUUGUACAUGGCGCUGGCGCACGAGGCGAUGGACGCGUGGGCUGGAGGGAACCCCUUAUUCCAAGACGCGGAUGUCUACCACCAGACGGGGUGGGUGGUGAUGGACGAGAAAGGCAGUGAUCUCGCAGCGCGGAUUCGUGCAAACUUCGGGAAUAGUAACCGCGAGGACGUAUCAGUCGACCUGAGCGAGGACGAUGUCCGCACGAGCUGGAACGGACUCCUCAGCCAGGCGGAGCUGAGUGACUACGGCUCCUUCUACGCCAAUCCAUCUGCCGGAUGGGCGGAUGCGGCGCGGGCAGUCGAGCUGAUGGCCGCGGAGGCGAUGAAGCGAGGUAGCGUGCGGUACGAGGUCGGCGAGGUGGAGCGCAUUAUCCUUACUCCAGAGAGAAAUGCAGUGCAGGGCAUGCAGACGAAAGACGGCAGGGUGUACACAGCCCGCAAAGUCCUCCUGGCCACGGGGGCGUGGACGAGUCUGUUGAUGACGGGUCUGGAAGACGAGCUGGGGCUGGAGGACGACGACCGCGUCGAGAACCAGAUCACGGCUGCAGGGCUGUCCUACGAGGUAGUAGCUAACUUAACUGCCGCAGGAGAAGUGCUACCCCCGACAAAAGACGGCAUCUGCAAAUUCACCAACGCGCGCUCAUUCAAAAACACCAUCGUCACAUCGACAGGGCAUCGCAUCUCCGUGCCGUCAGAGAACCAGAGUGAAAUCCCCCCGAAACUGGCCCAAGAAACCAUCACCUCCAUCCGGGAGCGUCUCCCACAGGUCCUCGAAGCCAGAAAAAGUGCUGACGACAUCCGUCUCUGCUGGGACGCCAUCUCUCCCGACCAGAACCCGCUGAUUACAAGGCAUCCGGAUCCGCGACUGUCGAACCUGUAUCUCGCCGUGGGUGGGUCGUUCCACUGCUGGAAGUUCCUGCCCACGAUUGGGCGGUAUGUCGUGAAUGUGUUGGAGGGGAGAAGUAAUGGGGAGGAGAGGGAUAGGGCGUGGAGGUGGAAGGCAGUCGUCGGUGGGACUCAGAGAAGAACUAAAACAGGAAAAAGAAAUGAAUUAACAACAUCUAGACUUGCUGUCUUCCAUGUCCUCACUCAUGUAUUGUCUAUACCAUUACUAUCCGCACUCUCUAACAAAGAGCUAGAGCUAGUUCUGUUAGGAACAAGUUUUUACGAAGCUGUCCAAACAUAA